AUGCUAAAAAUCAUCAUUCCAACCAUCAUACUCCUGCCACUAACCUUCCUCUCCCCUUGCAAACACCUAUGAACCAACGUCACAACACACAGCCUAUUAAUUGCCACUGUCAGCCUCCAAUGACUCGUCCCAACAUACUACCCAAGCAAAGGGCUGACCCACUGAACUUCAAUUGACCAGAUUUCCUCCCCCCUACUAGUUCUAUCGUGCUGACUACUUCCCCUCAUACUCAUAGCAAGCCAAAACCACCUAGAACAAGAACCAAUCAUCCGUAAACGAGUUUUCAUCACAACUGUAAUCACAGUACAACCUUUCAUCCUACUAGCCUUCUCAGCCUCAGAACUAAUACUAUUCUACAUUGCAUUCGAAGCAACCCUCAUUCCAACUCUAGUCCUCAUUACACGAUGAGGAAACCAACCUGAGCGACUGAAUGCAGGCAUUUAUCUACUAUUUUACACACUCGCCAGCUCUCUUCCCCUACUAAUCACGAUCCUCCACCUGCACAAUCAAAUCGGCACAUUAUACUUCCCCAUACUCAAACUAUCACACCCAACAAUAAACAACUCUUGAACAGGCCUACUAGCGAGCUUAGCCCUUCUACUAGCCUUUAUGGUAAAAGCCCCCCUAUAUGGCCUGCACCUAUGACUCCCAAAAGCACACGUAGAAGCCCCAAUCGCCGGAUCAAUACUACUAGCAGCUCUUCUCCUAAAACUAGGCGGCUACGGUAUUAUACGAAUCACUAUCCUAGUAGACCCCUCCGUAAAUAACCUGCACUAUCCAUUCAUUACCCUAGCACUAUGAGGAGCAGUAAUAACCAGCGCCAUCUGCCUACGACAAAUCGACCUGAAAUCCCUGAUCGCCUACUCCUCUGUAAGCCACAUAGGACUAGUCAUCGCUGCAACCAUAAUCCAAACCCAAUGAGCCUUCUCAGGAGCAAUGAUCUUAAUAAUCUCCCACGGCCUAACUUCAUCAAUACUAUUCUGUCUAGCCAACACAAACUACGAACGAACCCAUAGCCGAAUCCUUCUCCUAACCCGAGGGCUGCAGCCACUUCUACCACUUAUGGCCACCUGAUGACUACUAGCAAACCUGACAAACAUAGCACUACCACCAACAACCAACCUCAUAGCAGAACUAACUAUUGUAGUAACCCUAUUCAACUGAUCCCCACUGACAAUUAUCUUAACAGGAACUACAAUUGUACUAACCGCCUCAUACACCCUCUACAUACUAAUAAUAACACAACGAGGAAUACUACCAUCCCACAUCACCUCAAUCCAAAAUUCCUCUACACGAGAACACCUUCUGAUAGCCCUACACAUAAUUCCCAUAAUCCUGCUUAUUUUCAAACCUGAACUAAUCUCAGGAGUCCCCAUAU